CGAAAAGGAAAAAAUAAACCACAAAUACCUCUCCCUCUGCUCUAAUUAGAAUUCCAGAAGUGUUCUUUAAAGGUUCAGGCUUUCAGUACAUUCAAUCGCAAAUGCAAAACGACAAUGUUUCAACCGCAUACGUUGACCUCACAGCCAGACAAUCGAACGAUCACCCCGGCAGCGGAGUUUACUCUUCCUCCGCCGCUGCCGCCUCUCUCUUCGCUCUAUAUAAUCCCCGUCUCCUCAUGCAACAGCAUCAAGAUAUGAUUAACCGCCACAGCCUCUGCCUCGCGCGCUUCCGCGAAGCUGCAAAAGAAGCCGAAUCACUCCGCCAAGAGAAUACUUGUCUGAGAUCAGUCAAUUGCGACCUCAACAAGCAACUCGGCGUACUGAUCCAAGCCUCAGUCCAGGACCACUUUGCAUCCUAUGAUUACAACACCACGCCGUUUGAGUUGGUGAACGCUUUGGGAGGACUCUGUCUCGGUGGUGACGGUGUAGAAGAGGAAGAAGUUUCUGAUGUGGAAGAUGAAGUGGAUUUUGAGAGGGUUAUGUUGCCUAAGAGCAUAUCCGUUAGGUCUAAUGGAUAUCUGAAGAUGAUGAGUAAAGUUGGAGCAGCGAGCCAUCGUGGUAAAACUCGGGGAUUAACUCGGACCGCAACUGCAAAUGCUUCUCAACAGAUCAGUGGAGCUGCGAAUGUGAAGCAGAAGGUUUACGUGCAAGGAGGGAAGGAGGAAGAAGAGCCACUCGAACUGGAAGUAUACAACCAAGGCAUGUUAAAGACAGAGCUCUGCAACAAAUGGCAAGAGACUGGUGCGUGUCCAUAUGGUGACUACUGCCAGUUCGCUCACAGUAUUGAAGAGCUCCGCCCUGUAAUACGCCACCCUCGAUACAAGACUGAGGUCUGCAGGAUGGUCCUUGCUGGUAAUGUCUGUCCUUACGGCCAUCGAUGCCAUUUCCGUCACGCACUUACUGAACAGGAGAAGGCCGUUGGCCACCUAAAGGCCAGAAUCAGAUAAGCCUAUUCCAUCAGCUGCAGAUGUUCAUAUAUUAGAAAAAUAAUAAAGGUACGAUGAACACAUUAAAUUUCGAAAUCAGAAUCAUAAAAGAAGAAAAAGUUAUGAAAGACGGGAAUUAGUAGAGGCUUUGUUUCCCCGGAUAGAGGGAGGUUUGUGGAGGUGAUUAGGGAUAUUCAUCCUUUUUUUUAACGUCUCUGAAAUAUGUUUGUUACUUCAAGUAGCAUGAGGACUAGCUGGGAAGUUCGGUGCGCUUAAACCAAACAACAGUUCAACCAAAAGAGGCCAUUAAUGGUAAUGACGUUCUUGGAGUCUGGCAAAAUAAACAUCUUCU